UAAAUAUUAUUCAUUACGUUCAGAAAUGGCGAGCGAGUGUUCUGAAAGUGUCUCAGACGCCAGUUUAAAAAUUAAAAAACCUAACUGGACCGAGUUAGAAAAGAAAAUUUUGGUGGAAGAAGUGCAUUUGAGGGAGGGUUUAUUGUUUGGGAAAUUUAAGGGUGCUGGGGGUGGGAAGAUAGCGAUGGACGUUGCCUGGAGAGAGGUUGCACAGGCAGUGAACGGGAGCAGUGGUUCGGGAAUACUGAGGACAAGUGGGGAGGCUGCCAAGCAGUACAGUAACUUGAAGCAGAGGGCCAAAGGAAAGUUAUCAGAAUCAAAACGCCCAAAGACAGGAGGGGGUCCCAAGCCACCAAGCCCCACACCAGUUGAGCUUUCCAUUUUGGAACAACUGGAAGGAAGGCCUUCCCUUGAGGGAAUAUGUGGAGGAAUAGAUACAGCGGAUCCAGUGGAAACUCAGCCUUCCACCUCUUCUUCAGCAUCUUCAGAUGUGCCUGCAAAGAAGAAGGAUGUACAAGAUUCUGGUAAGAAAAAGAGGAAGCUUACCAUCCUGGAGCUAGAGGAAAGGAACCUAUCAUUAGAGAAUGAUAAGCUUCAGGAAGAAAUAGAGAAGCUGAAAGACGAGAGACAGCUCAUUGUGGCCAAGAAAUCAUAUUAUGACCUAAAAUUCCAAAUUUUAUGUAAUAAUAAUCCUGAGGUAGUAGCUCAAAUGUUGAAGAGCAAUGAAUGUUGAAAGUUUUUACAUAGAAAUUUACGAUAGGUAAGAGCUGAUAUCUCAGCACAUUUCUGGUGCCAUAUAAUGACAUUUUUACUCCUAAUUAAUCAUAUAUCCACUUCAUUUUUGGAGAGUUUUUCCUAAUGAACCGAAAAUAUAACUUUGAGCUUUUCUGAUAAAAAAUUUGUCUAUUGUGGUUGUUGCCAUCGUUCAUGUUGUAAUCUUUUCACAAUUUCAUCUUCAGAACUAAAGGUCAAUUUUAACCAAACUAUGAACAAAGCAUUUUAAUAUGAAGGUAAUUGCAGUUUCUUAAAAUAGAAAGUUAUACAUGUCUUCUUUCAGAGGGAGUUAAUAAAGAAUUAUUGGUUUUUCAGCUCAUUGAGAC